UCACUUAACGCUGCUCGCAGAGAAGGGGAGCCAGUGAGAGGCUGCAGGAGGGAGAGAAAGAGAGAGAAACAAGGAGAAACACACCAACACCGACCCCGUGUAGCCCCGCAGCAGAACACACGGGGCGGGGAGAAAGCGAGAAAACAUGCAGCAGCAAAACUGACCUCCUACUUUUUUGAAGGACCUGACAAAAAACACUAGCAGCAGGCUAAGGAAACGGCGAUGUAAGUGCCCCCCCCCCUCUGGUGGAUGAGAAACCCUCAAGCCUUCCAGCUAGCGAGGGUCGAGAGGGCGACCGAGGAGCAUUCCAGAAGCAACAGGGGGUCUGGAGUGGACGGGAGCGCGUACUCUGAUCAGCCAGCGCCGCAUAAAGAUGGACACUACUAGAUCUUCCAUGUGGUGGAAUGGGCUGUGGCAAAGAUGUGUGUUGCCAUGGUGAUUAUCCACACUAAAACACUGGACAAGAAGGGUGUGGAUGAUGUAACGUCCAGAGAGUCAACCUUGGAGCUGCGCCAGCCGUCAACCAUGAGCCAGGGAACGACCCUCUUCUCCUGUGGAAUCAUGGAGACGGGCCGGUGGCCAGAUGUUAGCCGUGGCUGUGGUGUUCGGCAGAGGCCGGUGGGCUCGAGCCUGGAGAGUUUGUGGGACGUCCUACCGGAGACCGGCCCGGCGGGGGCCAUCAGCGGCCUGCUGCGGGACCUCAGCCUGAGUGAAGCUCCGAACACCACCACAGCACCACCCAGCAAACGACAGUGCCGGUCACUCUCCUGCUCGGAUGAGCCGGCCAGCUGCCGGUCUCCAUGGCGACCGCAGGGUUCGCGGGUGUGGACGACGGUGGAAAAGCGCCGUUGCCACAGCGGAGGCAGCGUUCAGCGUGGAUCUGCCUUGUCCUCGUCCGCUUUCACCCAGUCUGGCUUCUCCGGCAUGCAGCGCAGCUCCAGCUUCAGCCUCCCCACCCGCUCCAACCUGCUGGAGCUGCCGGCUUUUAGCAACUUUCAGCGGCAGACUUUCACUCCUUUCUCUGCCGUGGUCUCCGAAUCCCCCCGCUACCUCUCUCAUGAACAGAUUUCCCAGGCUGAGCCCAGCGGCGGACCCUCAGAGGCCAGUUCCCCGGACUCCACUCCGGAGCUGGACCGCCGGGCCGGCCAGGGUGGACUCUCCCGCAGCCGCUCUCAGCCCUGCGUCCUUAAUGACAAGAAAAUCGGAGUGAAACGCCGGAGACCAGCCGAUUCGCACAAACAUAGGCCAUCUUUAGACCUGGCCAAGAUGACCCAGAAACAGAAUUUCCAGAGUCUCAGCUGCCCUGGCUUCACUGGUGACGACUGCUGCCAAUCAAGCCAAACCCCGCCCCCUUUGAUGAGCCCUGCCCACCAGAAUGAGAGUGAGACCUCUACGUGUGACCCGGUGGUGGAGACUCAGCACUGCCCUAAAGAGGACCAGACGGUCAUUGACGAAUCCGACGGAGAUGUCUCCGGACGAGCCGACUGGACUGCCAAUGGGAAGGACUGGGAGCCUCCGUGGGCGGGGCUUUGCGGGCUGAGGAGAGACGUGCUGGGCGGAGAGCUCGAUAUCGAGCAAAUUGAGAGAAACUGAGAGGAAAAACAAGGUUGAAAUGGACCGGAUAGAAUUAUACACUGCAAAAAAUGAUGAUCUGGCAAGUGUUACAUCUUAAACGUAGGCAGUAUAGAUCAUUUUCCUCGUUAUGAGAUUAUGGCAUAAGAGUACGUUAAGAUUAUUCAACCUACUUGCUUGUUAAGAUCACUUCUUUAAUAGUUGUUCAUUUUGCAUUGUUUUCUAUGUAGUUACUGAAUAAUAAGCCGUACUAAGGGCUUAAAUGAGCAAAAAUGUCUAAAAGUAGGUUGAAUAAUCUUAUGACAUUCUUACAUAAAUCUCAUAAUGAGAAAUUUUAGGUUUGUUACCUACAUUUAAGUUGCUUUUCCGUGCCAGUAUAUACGUUUGUUGCAGUGUAGCUGGUUCCAAUGCUCUUUGAAGAUGCCUUCUUUCCUAGCAUCCUCCCUUCAGUAGCCUGGAUUUAGGCGGUUGCGCUUCAUCCAGGAGCUGCCACCGCCAUGUUUUCUUUUUGUCCACCGAGUGAUUUUCAUGUUUUGUGCUGUUGGAGCAGAGAGGAGCAUCAGGGUUGGUGUUUUUUUUCAGAGUUUGGAUCGAGACUCAGGAGAAACGAACGCUUAUGCAAGUGGAACUGCGGGACUUUAGGACGACUCAGGUUGAAGCUUAAAGCUACAUACAUGGCAAAAGAUUAAAAUGACACGAUUUUCACUGUUACUCAAAAUGUCGGUCAGCAAAGACGCGUUCGGCAUCUGAAGUUUGCUUCUUUGGCUUCGCGCUGGAGCUGUGAGGAUAAUGUAACUAACGAGUGUUGGAAGCUUAUACUCCACAAAUUAGCCUCAUACAACAUAAUUAAUGGUGUUUCUCUGAGAUUUUAGUCACAUCCGAAUCCACCAUGUGAGUAUUUUUGGCACUUCAGUGAAGAUUCCAGCAGCUUUUACCUUCUAUAAAAUGAAACGUUGAAUUAAUCUCAAUUUAUAUUAAUCCUGUGCGAUAAGGCAAACCCUGCAAAUAAUCCCAGGUCAUAUUAAUCCAGUGCUGUAAAAUGAUCUGUAGAAAUAACCUCAGGUUAUGUUAAGCCUGAGCAAAUUGCCAUGUCAGUUAAUGUUCCUUCAUAUUGUGUGAAAAAGGAGUUUGAAGCAUCUACUCGCCCCAAACAAGCCGAUAUGCUGUGUCUUAACUCGGGUUCAAUGACAGAAAGAAGUUUUCAUGGUGAUUUUGACUCUGAUAAUGAUAAUUACUCUUCUCAUUCAGGAGGUAGACUGUUAGAGUAAAUGACCAUUAAACUAAACGCUGGGUCAUGUUUGCUACCUGUGAGCAGCUCAAUAUACUGCAUAUGGAACCUUUUUGGUACUGUUUAGUGUCACAAACCACAUAAGUCUAUUUGGCUACGUUCACAUUCACAGGCCUCAUUGCUCAAAUCCGAUCUCUCUGACUCGAUGGUUCACACUCGUUUAGGU